GCGGAGAAGAGGGAGCAUUGUGUACGGAACAUUUCUUCCUUUCUGAGUCAUACUGCAACGGAAAUGGAAAGAAUUCUGUCCCGUUUAAAGUGGAAAAAGGAAGAUUUAUUGAAGAAGGUCAACAGUUCCAAGUUGAUACACUGUCCAAUCAACUUCAGCCACAGAAUACUAGCAUCAAGACUUGAUAAACACUUAUCUGUUUGCCGGUACAAAACAAAGGGCAUAAUACCUCAGGAUGUUUGUACAAGCCCUGAAUUCUUCUACCAGACAUGCAAGGCAGUGAUACCAAUUACCAUAGAUGAAAAGCAGUAUAGUUCUUUCAAGAACUGCAGUGAAAGUGGAAAACUAGAUACUGCAGAGCACACCAGGGUCUGCAACAAGGUGGAACCAACAUGUUGUUCCAUGGUGGCAUCAAAAGAAGAAAGAUCUGCACAAGACACUCACAAUAUUAUUAUUGGUGGCAGAACUUGUCACAAUGAUUCAGCAGUUGAGAUAAGGUCAAUAAUGGCAUGGCAAGUGAUUCCAUCCUCUCACAUGCAACUAGAACUUCAUCUUCUCACACAAGAGAAAAUGAAGACUUGGAUCAUUGGGAAUUUGCCACAAGUCCAGUACUUGAGUUCUGUUGAAGGUGCCAGUGACCGCUUGGUGGAUUUUGUUUUGUCGUGCCUUCAAGAGAAGAAAGUUGCUCAUCCCAGUGGAAUGGAAGACAUGCUGAAAGAUUUUCUGGGAGAUGAGACAAAGGGUUUUGUUUUGAACUUGUGGAAGUUUCUCGCUGUUUCAGUCACCGAGGAGAAAAACUCUGCCAUCCACUAUCACAUGGAAAACAAGACGCAAUAUUCGUCAGCCAAUAGCUUUAAAACAAAGACAGAUGUUCCUGGCCACCCAGAACCUGUUGGAAGUUCCGCGAAAGAGAUCUCUCUCCCGAUGGAGCGGGUAAUAUUUGACCUCUCUCCCCAACAACGACUCACCGUCUAUGAGCACGUGAUACAGGCUGCAAAAGCAAAACGAGAAACAGACAAAAAAGAGAUGGAUUUAGAAGAAGUUUCUGACUCGAAUGAAUCUAAAGGAACAGAAGGUGAUCAACCGAAAACUCGUUUUGAAGUGUUGGCUGAACAGCGUGACUACAAACGUCGACGACAGAGCUACCGAGCAAAGAAUGUACACAUUACCAAAAGGAGUGCUGUUGAGGUAAUGCGUGACCUUAUCGAGACACAAAUGCACGUCUUAGAAAUGCAGUACAAAGAGGAACACGGCAUCUCUGGUAAUAAUUCUGAUGAAGGAGACGUAUCUAAAGAGGGGCGGGAAAAUAAAGCCGACCUCAAAGAUGGUACGAGACGCGAGACUAGAGACGAUGAAGAGACUCGACGAAUGGAACGAGACAGAAGUCAACACAGCGCAGGGAAUAAACGGGUGCGGUACUACGACGAAAGAGACUCAGAUACCAAGAGGUCGAGGAGAUAAUAAUGAACAAAUGAACCCUUUUUGAGAUUAACAAAUGAGGACGUAUUUGUGACUAUUUAAAUAAAAUUGGCUAGCUACGCAUGCAAGGGAUAUUUUUUUGGUUGGAUGGGCCACUUCGACAUCUCUUUUUCCAAAAUCUUGGUACAAGAGGACAAGACUCGAAGUAAUUUCCCAGUUGGCGCCAGUCAAUUUGUCGGAUCAGACCCAUUUUUGCUUGGAAACAAACCGAUUUGGGCUGGACAAAUAUGCACUGCGUCACUCUUUAUGCCAUGUUAAUGCACGCAUUCAAGUAUUACCUAGCUCAAUGUAUACACUCAGUUAAAUAUCAGUACUUUCAAUAUUUCGCAAGCUGACAAAUUUUGGACAUUAGUAUCCGAUUUCAGACAUGACUGUCCGAUUUUAGACACUCAUUUAGUGUCUGAUUUAAGACACUAUUGUCCGAUUUAGGAUGCUACUUUCCGGUUUUACACACUUGUGUCCGAUUUUGGGCAAUAGUAUCCGAUGUUGGACACUAGUGUCCGAUUUCAGACACUAGCGCCCGAUUUUAGGCUUUAUUGUCUGAUUUAAGACACUAGUUUCCGAUUUUACACACUUGUGCCCGAUUUUAGACACUAGUGACCGAUCUCAGCCACUAGUGUCCAAUUUUAGACAUGAGUGUCCGAUUUCGGUCACUGGUGUCUCUUUUUUGGACACUAGUGUUCAAAAUCGAACACUAGCGUCUUUAAUCGGACACUGGAGUCUCAAGUCGGUGUCUAGUGUCCGAUUUUAAACAAUCUGGUAGUAUCGUCUUUCCCUCUUCUUCGUCAAUAACGUCAAUAAAAUAAUUAAAACCAGAA